AUGUCCACUUCAGCAGCCGCCAAAAAGACAGAGAGAAAGAAAGCAGCUCCAAAGAAGCCUUUGACUGUUGCUCCACUCGCCACCAGCACAAGGAAAAUCACCCCUCCCGCCAGACUGGUAAACAGCAUCGGUACUGAUGAGCCAAAGAAGGUUGCUCGCACUGUCUCCAAACCAAAGACCACCGCCAAAAAGGCUUCCAAGCCAAAGGCAACUGCCGCCAAGACCAAGGCCAAGACCACCAAGACUAAGAAGACUGCCUCCAAGUCAACCAAAAAGGCCACCAAGUAA